AUGACGGCGGCACCUCGCAUGUUGCGCGGACUUCCGCUAGCUUCACGAAGCGCUCCAACCCCCCUCCGCGGUGCGCACCGCACACUCACGACCUCGGCGCUGGUGCGGGACCCAGAUGCGCGACCGGCGUCGAGCCAGCUCUUUUCCCCAUCCGAAGUGCAAGCUGGAAUCGCGGCACUGAAGGAAGCCGGAUACGACGGACAGAGCGUGUGGGAGCAACGCGUGGUGUGGGGCGACCACGACCAGUUCCAGCACGUCAACAACGUGCAUUUCGUGCGCUGGUUCGAGUCCGCACGCAUGUUCUUCGCCAACUCUCUCACCAAUACCCCGGACUUCACGGAGCAAAGACGCGAGGAGAUCAAUAGGGGAACGGGCAAGAGCUUCAUCCUGGCCGGAAUCAACGUCAGGUACAGAAGGCCAGUGCUGUAUCCCGAUAUCAUCUUGGUCGGUCAAGCAUGCGAACUCCCCCUCGGGAAGGACCGGUUCAUGCUUAGAGGCGCAGCUUACUCGCUAGCUCAAAAGACGAUCGUUGCCGUUUCCGCCCAAGACUGCGUCACCUACGACUAUACGAAGCUCGCAAAGUGCGAUAUUCCCGACGACAUUCGCAACGCUCUACAAAGCAAAGGUGCACACUUUGACAAGAAGUUGUAG